GAUACCAUAUCCAGAGCACAUAUGAGAUUUCAGACGGCGCUUUAUGGAAAGUUCUUCGGGAAAUCGCCACCGUUUGAACAAGUGAAGGAGAUACUCACUGCAAAAUGGAAUGAUCUUGGUUCUUUUCAGAUAUCCGACCUACCGAACGGAUAUUUACUGAUUCGGUGUAGCACGCACGAAGCAAUGCAGAAGUUGCUCUUUGAAGGUCCAUGGGCGGUGAAUGGCACUGUAUUGCAGCUUGUCCCUUGGAAGCCCUACUUCGAGCCGGCGCACUCGAAACUCUCCACAGCAGCUCUCUGGGUGCAGCUCCACAACCUUCCGGUUGAGUUCUGGGAAGGGGAGGCCCUGGAAUCCAUCUCUUCGUUAUUCGGCAGGUUGCUUAAAAUUGAUGAGUUUACUUCCUCUCUUUCCAGGUCCAAAUACGCACGUCUCUGCGUGGAAAUAGAUAUUACUAAACCUCUCAAACAGGGUUUUUGGGUAGGGGAUGAGGAACACAGAGUGUUCGUUGUGGUACUGUAUGAACGUCUCCCCAUAUUUUGCUACCUCUGCGGACUGGUUGGACAUGGUUCAAAUUCCUGCAACCGCCAGAGCCCAGUCUGUUCGGAGAAGCCCUCUCAACCCCGCUGCGAGGAUCUGGAUGAUCAGCAACGGCAUGAGGUCAGGGUUUCUCAUGAACACAUGGGUGAAGGUAUGGAUGUGGGAAUGGCUCCAGAACCGGUGUCCUUGCCGGAGUUAAUGGAGAAUGUGGUGGAGAUACCAAAUACGGACUAUGGUCCUUGGAUGCUGGUUUCGAGACGGCGGGGUCGUGGUGGAGGUCGCGGCGGCGCUCGUGGUCUCGGGGGUCCGGGAUCACGUGGAGCGCAUGCGACUUCACGUGACCUGACCGUUCCUCUCCCCAACGUCUCGAAAACAAACACUACUGUUGCAUGCCCGACACGUGGUAAGAGCUCCUCGCGAGGCAGGGGAGGUACUGUCAGGGUAGCGUCUUUUGGUCGCAGCGAGGCAUCAGGGGUUUUGUCUCCUUCUUCUAACAUUGAUGUGGCGCACUAUGCUCAAUGUCCUGGGGAAGCGUCCAAACCCUCUGACACUGGUGAUGCGCACAACGCUCGAUGCUCUGGUAUUUUCGAUGGCCCCCCUCUGGAAUCUAGUGAGCGUGUUGGAGGGGUCUCCUUGUCUCUCGAGGAGAACUUGAUUGUUGAAAAGGAAGGGAUUACCGAGUUGGUCAAGCCUCAUGAUAAGCCUACACUCUCUGUGAUCCAGAAAGGAAAGGGGGUUGCCUCUUUACAGUCCCAGCAACCUUCUGGGUUUCCUCCGGUACUGCGAGUCUCCUUGCCAGCCCCUGAAGCCUCACCCUCUUGUACCCCGUCAGACCCUCAUACGAUGAUGGUAGACAAAGUCUCCAUUGCUCUUACAUCCCCUUCUCGUUCACCUGAUGUCUCGGAUCAGGAAAUGAGUGAUUCUGAGGAGGAGGAUGAAGAGGAUGAGGCUCUGGAUGGUGCAGAGAUGGAGGAACCGGACGAUCUCAUGACGCUUGAUAAUUAUCAAAGUGUCUACAGGAAAGAGGUUCUCUCUAGAAAGAGUAACCAGGUGCAGACGUUUCCUCAGAAGAAAGGGAGAGUAGAAGUGGAGGGAAAUGAACCUUGAUUCUCCUUUUCACUUUUCUUUUAUUUCUCUAGUUUCAGUUGUUCAUGGUUUUAUUUGUCUUCGCUUUUACCAUAGUUUGAUUAUGAUUACGGAAGCUACUAAGAUGAUUUGUUGGAACUGCAGGGGCAUAUCAAGUAGGGAUACUGUCUCCAGAGUUCUUCACCUCCUGAAGAAGUUUAAUCCAUCUAUAUUCUGCUUAGUUGAAACAAGAGCCAAUGAUGAAAGAUUGGAUCGUUUUUGCAAUAGAUUAAAAUCCAAGUGGAAAUGGGCAGCGAUCGUCGCCGAGGGUUACUCGGGGGGUAUAAUAGUAAUUUGGGACAAAAAUAUUGGGUCUGUUACCCCCUUGGUUAAAACUAAAUUUGUUCUUCACCUAGUCAUCACUACAGGUAACUCCAAUACUUGGAUUAUUUCCACGGUUUAUAAUUCCAAUACUCUGCAGGGUCAAUAUAUCCUUUGGAGAGAACUAUCAGGUUUGAAUUCUCUGAACUUGCCUUGGAUUAUUAUGGGGGAUUUUAAUGCGGUUACUACACAGGAUGAGCAUAGAGGUGGUUCCCAUUAUUAUUAUAGUCGCAAGGCUAGUGUUUUCUCGGAUUUUAUUAACUCUAAUAAUCUUUUGGAUAUUGAGUAUGUAGGUUCUCAAUUCACUUGGUGUAACAAUCGCCAUGGUCUAGCCAGACGGUGGGCACGCCUUGAUCGGUGUCUUGCUAACUCGCUCUGGUUAAAUCAUUUUGAAUCGUGUUUAGUUAAACAUCUCCCGCGUUUUCUUUCUGAUCACUCACCUUUGCUUCUUUCGAUUUUCCCUCGUAAUUUAACUAAAAAAAGAAUUUUUCGUUUUGAUAAUUACUGGUUAAAUUACAUUGGCUGUCAUUCUGUGGUCAGGGAAGCUUGGCUCUUUAAGUCCCGAUCUAAUCCUAUGCAUACUGUCUCUCAUUUAAUUGCACGUACUAGAUCCUUGCUUUUAGAGUGGAAAUCCAAAGGUCUUGAUCCUCUGGAAACUAAUAUUAAUAAACUGGAGAGUGCAAUUUUUGAAGCUGAACUCAAGGAUGAUACGGGUGAGUUGGAUGAUUCUUCCAUUCAGUCUCUUUCUAACAUGUAUAAUAAACUCUCAGCUUUGCAAAGGCAAAAUAGCAUCAAGUGGGCACAGAGGGCAAGGUUAAUGUGGGUACACUGUGGUGAUAACAACUCUUCCUUCUUUCAUAACUCUGUUAGAUUUCGCAGUCAUAUUAAUUCCAUUACUCAUAUUAUGGACUCUGAUGGUAAUGUAUUUCUAGAUCAAAGGGAUAUAAAUCAGGUUUUUAUCAAUUACUUUACAGAUCUCUGGCAUAAUAGCUCUACUAGUGAUUUUCAGGGAAUUUUACAGGCUCUUCCCUCGGAUCUUCCCCAAAUUUCAAACUCUGAAGGGGAGCUUUUGAUUAAAGACAUCACUCUUAAAGAAGUUCAUGAGGCUUUGCUCUCUCUCCCCACUGGUAAAAGUCCAGGUCCAGAUGGGUUAAAUGCAGAAUUCUAUCGUUUUUAUUGGCAUGAGAUAGACUCAGGAAAUCUGGAUCCAGAUCAGUAAUGCAAUUAGGAAACCGAUUCAUAUUCCCAAUGGAAUCUCUUCUGGG